AUGGAGAAGAUGAACCAAGAAAGUGACAAAAGGGUCUCCGGUAGUGGGAAUCGAUUAGGUUUUGUUGUAGGUGAUGGCGAAUUUCAGAUUUGUUGGAGGUUGCUGGUGACAGAGACGAUUGGGGCUGAAGGCGGUGGGGCCAACGACGAAGACGUCAACCUCAACGUUUUCUCACUUAUAUUUAUAUUCCAUCAUCACCCAUCGUCUUCUUCCUGUCUUCCUUUGAUCCUCUCAGCUACUCAUCGCAUUCAGAUCUCCGAUCCCAAGCAAAUAAUGGCUGAAACACCGCCGUCUGCCGACAAUCCAACUCUCUUUUCUCCAUUCAAGAUGGGCAAGUUCAAUCUCUCUCACAGGGUGGUGUUAGCUCCGAUGACGAGGUGUAGGGCGUUAAACAGUAUACCGAAUCAAGCUCUGGUGGAGUAUUACAGGCAGAGAGCAACCGCCGGUGGGUUUCUCAUCACGGAGGGGACAAUGAUCUCUCCUACGUCCGCCGGGUUCCCUCACGUACCAGGUAUAUUUAAUCAAGAACAAGUUGAAGCUUGGAAGAAAGUCGUGGAUGCAGUUCAUGAAAAAGGCGCUGUGAUCUUUUGUCAAUUAUGGCAUGUCGGCAGAGCAUCCCACCAAGUAUAUCAACCUAAUGGGGUUGCACCAAUAUCAUCUACAAGCAAACCCAUAUCGAAAAAAUGGAGAAUUUUAAUGCCAGAUGGGACCCACGCUCAAUAUCCAAGCCCUCGACCAGUCGCCACCCAUGAAAUACCGGAGGUGGUGGAAGACUAUCGUCUGGCAGCCAUUAACGCCAUUGAAGCAGGUUUUGAUGGAAUUGAGAUUCACGGAGCCCAUGGUUACCUUCUCGAUCAAUUCAUGAAAGAUGGCAUCAAUAAUCGAACUGAUGAAUAUGGUGGAUCUUUAGCAAACCGAUGCAAAUUCUUAAUGAAAGUGGUGAAAUCGAUAGCUACAGCCAUUGGUGCAGAUAAAGUCGGUGUUAGAAUCUCACCAGCUAUUGACCAUUUAGACGCCAUGGAUUCUGACCCACGUAGCCUAGGGCUUGAAGUAAUUGAAAGACUGAAUAAACUUCAGGUUGAAUUAGGGUCAAAGUUGACUUAUCUUCAUGUGACUCAACCAAGGUACACGGCUUAUGGUCAAACAGAAGCUGGAAGCCAUGGAAGUGAAGAGGAAGUUGCUGAGUUGAUGAAGAUAUGGAGAAGGGCAUUUAUGGGAACUUUUGUUUGUAGUGGUGGGUAUACUAGAGAGCUUGGGGUUGAAGCUGUGGCUAAAGGGGAUGCUGAUUUGGUGGCUUAUGGAAGGCUUUUUAUAUCGAAUCCGGAUUUGGUUUUGAGACUUAAGGUUAAUGCACCUUUGAAUAGGUAUGUUAGGGCUAGUUUUUAUACACAUGAUCCUGUUGUAGGGUACACUGAUUACCCUUCACUUGAGAAAGGAAAUGGGAAUCUUGAGAGGUUGUCACGCAUGUAGUUGUUUGUGGUUAUAAUGAUUAUAAUUGAUAUGUAAUAUGUAGUUUAUGAUACGUGUUUUAU